GAAGUCCCAAAAUUAAAGUGGGAUCAAGAGAGAGAGAGAGAAAGAUACAGAACGACCGUCGGCAAGAGCGUGCAGUCACGACAGUAGACAAAGAAGAGGAGCACGUAAGCAUAGGUGGGGUCACAGUGGGUAGUUAGUGUUCACAGCUGCGGUCGUCCCUUGAAGAGUCUUAAAACUACUCUUUCUACAGUUCUACCUCUUUGUCCUCCUCCCUCCACCUAAUUCAUUCAUAGAUCGCUCCCCUCUUUCUUCCUCUCUGUUUUGUGGCAGAGGAGGAGCUGUCAUUCUGAUUUCUUGUCCUGGAGUCUCUCUAUCUCGUUCCGUGCCCGUGUCCGUAUUUUCUUCACGAUGAAGAAGCUUAGCCUCAACUACGGUCGGGAGGAUGGGUUGGAAACGGUGCUGGAAGUGCCCAUCCCGGAGGAAAUGUUCGCGUCCAACACCAGGAAUACCGGCAGGGCUUGGCACAACAUGAAGUCAUGGAUGAGAUCCCACGUCGAUAAAUCAUCAACCCCCUCUGCCGUGGGCUCUCGCAGCACCGAGCUACAACUCUUGCUGGGCGUGGUUGGUGCUCCCCUCAUCCCUCUUCCCGUCCGUAAUGAUCACUCGUUCAUCACCCGUGACAAAUUCAAAGAUCGUCCCAUUGAGUCUUCGAUGGCGAAGUACAUAGUGCAACAGUACAUAGCGGCGGCCGGAGGGGAUACUGCUUUGAAUUCGAUCAGUAGUAUGUGUGCGGUGGGGAAGGUAAGGAUGGCUGCGUCGGAAUUCAGCACUGGGGAUGACAACAAUAGCCACAAGGGGAUGAUGAAGGUUAACAAUAAAGGGGGAAGAAAUGGACAUGGACAUGGAGGUGGAGGAGAGAUGGGAGGGUUCGUUCUGUGGCAGAAGAGGCCAGGCAAGUGGUGCUUGGAGCUGGUACUCUCAGGUUGUAAGAUCAGCGCUGGAAGCGACGGGAAUGUGGCGUGGAGGCAAACACCUUGGCACCAUUCCCACGCUUCCAGAGGUCCACCUCGACCCCUUCGUCGAUCAUUACAGGGUCUAGAUCCGAGGUUGACGGCAAACUUAUUCUCUGAGUCAGUUUGCAUAGGGGAGAGGACGAUCAACGAGGAGGACUGCUUUGUUCUGAAGCUGGAAACAGAGCAAUCGUCGUUGAUGGCCAGGAGCGGCAACAACGUGGAGAUCAUAAGGCAUUCGGUGUGGGGGUAUUUCAGUCAAAGGACGGGGCUGCUGGUGCAGCUUGAGGACUCCCACCUCCUACGCAUCAAAACCGCAAGCGACGACAGCGUCUUCUGGGAAACAACCAUGGAGUCUUUCAUCCACGACUACCGUUGCAUUGACGGCGUCAACAUCGCCCACGCCGGUCGGACCGCUGUCUCCCUCUUCCGGUUCGGGGAGAGCUCCGAGAAUCACUCCCGAACCAGGAUGGAAGAAGUCUGGACCAUCGAAGAGUUCGAUUUCAACGUCGAGGGUCUGUGCAGGGACUUCUUCUUGCCUCCUGCGGAUCUGAAGAAAGAUACAGUGAAAGAACAGCAACGGCAGCAGGAGGAGCAAGAAGGGUUUGGGUCUGAUGAUGAUCAAGUGCAACCCAGCCCCAUUCCAGCCAACGUGCGUCUCCUCCCCUUCAGGAACCGUCCGCCUCCCUCUUCCGGCAAGGUCGGGUGUUCUAAGGUGGCGGCCAUUAACGUUGAUGAGUUUGAUUCAGUUCCAGUUUCAACACAAGUCGACAGGGAGGAGGAAUUUUAGUUUUAAGAGCGGCUUUUUCUUCUGUCCCUCCUGUCCUGUAUAUAGGAUAACCCAUAAAAUUAUAUAAAGAUAUCAUCUAAUACAGCUCUCAUAUUAAAGGAUCGCACACAUAAUUCUCCCUAGUUUUUAUUGGAAACCAGAGGAGUUCAAAUUCUUCAAGAUGGGUUUUUGAAUUACAACUUGCUUGUGGAUUUUAUUUUUUUCCUUUUUAUUUAUUUUAAUUUAGGGGGAAAAACAAUAAAAUCAGAUUUUUUUC